CCCAUCACCUCGACGAGCUCCUCAGCUAGCAGCGCAAGGGCAGCACCACGCCGCUCUGCUCCUCUCCGCGGCGCUCCGCCUACACUACGCCGCUGCUUCUGCCAAACGUCAGCACCGCCCUCGCCUGCUCGCACCUGCACCGCCGGCGCAGCACGCAAGUGCACCGCCUCUCCGGCUCCAUCUCGUCCAUUGCUGCAGCCCAUCGAGGCACGCAGGGCAAGAUGCGAGCCUCCUCUUCUCUCCGGCUAGUGCUCGGCGUGCUGUGCUGUGCGCUUCUCGGCGCCCUGGCUGCAUCGCCUCCACCGCAGGCAAAGACGACGCGCUUCGGCGCCCUGCCGGCGGCGCUCGUCUACUUCCCCGACUCGCCCGUCGUGCUGUAUCACGAUGCGGCGCACGGCGUGGUGCAUCGCAGUGCGGACGAGGGCGCCACUUGGAAGACGGUCGACGGGAGCACGGGGGCGCCCAACAAGGGAGAGGUCGCCAUGGUCGUGCUGCAUCCCGGGGAUCGGACUACGGCCUUCAUCCUGACCUCUGGCACGACGCACUACCGCACCUCGAACCGCGGCGAGAGCUGGCAGUCGUUCCGCGUGCCGCUGCCGCCGGCCACGCGCUCUGGCCCGCCGCUAGAGUUUAACCGCGAUGAGCAGAAUGGCGCCUCGCGCAUCAUCUAUGCGGGCAAGAAGUGCAGCUCCUGGUCUCCGUGGGGACAGGCCAUGUGUCACGACAUCGCGUACUACACGCUCGACGGCUUCAAGACGGACCCAAAGCCGCUCAUCGAGCUGCUCGUGCACUGCAUGUGGGCCAAGGCCUCGCCCACCGUGGCGCUGCCGAAGGAGAAGAUCGACCGCAUCUACUGCAUUGCGUGGGACGACUCGCCGACGGGCGGCGGCGUGAAGGUGUCGUCGCGCAGCGAUGAUCCCUCGCACCUGCUGCACUCGCGCGCGCCGGCGCUCGCCAUGACGCGGCGCGCCGAGUCGGGAGCGCCGACGCGCCUCUUCUACUCCGACGACUUCUUUGCGACGAAGACGCAGGUGACGAUGGACCUGGGCCGCGAUGCCAAGAACUUUGUCGGCCUCGGACCCUCGGGCUCGUACCUCGUGACCGCGCUGCGCGACAUCUCCUCGUCUACGGGCGGCAAUGCAGGCAACGAGAUGGCCAUGUUUGUCUCGCGCAACGGACAGGACUGGACCAAGGCCAAGUUCCCACACGGCGCAGGGCUCAAGGAGGGCGCGUACACUGUCGUCGAGGGCACGACACACUCGCUCGUCGUCGACGUGCUCGAUCCUUCCCUCGGCACAGGGCGGCUCUUCACGAGCGACUCGGAGGGCUCGCACUUUGUGCAGAGCCUCGACAUGACGCACCGCAACUCGCGCGGCAUCGUCGACUACGAGCACCUGCAGAACGUGCAGGGCGCCGCCAUUGCCAACACCCAGACGGGCGGCUUCGGAGAGGAGAAGGUGCGCAGCAAGGCGACGUGGGACGACGGCAGCCGCUGGAGCCCGCUGCAGGCGCCCGACGGCAUGUGCAAGGGCCAGAAGCCGGAGGACUGCUCGCUGCACCUCUACUCCGUGUCGCGCCUGCACAACUCGGGGCCCGUCUUCUCGUCGACGGCGCCCGGCUUCGUCAUGGGCGUCGGCUCCGUCGGCAACCGGCUGCAGAUGUACGAGGAGUGCGACACCUUCCUCUCCACGGAUGCGGGCCGCUCGUGGAAGCGCGUGGCGCAGGAUGCGCACAAGUACGAGUUCGGCGACCAGGGCGGCAUCCUCGUGAUCGUCAACGACGAGCAAAUGACGGACCACGUCAAGUUCAGCCGCGACUUUGGCAAGACCUGGGAGGAGUUCAAGCUCGGCACGUCGAUCAUUGCCAAGCUCCUGACGACGGUGCCGGACAGCACGUCGCAGAAGUUUCUGCUGAUCGGCACGCAGUCGCGCAAGGAGGCCGGCAGCGAGUUCCGCCACGUGGCCAUCUUCCUCGACUUUGCGACGCAGAAGAAGCGCGUGUGCGACCGCAGCAAGGACAUGGAGCGCUGGUACGCCGGCUCGGGCGCGCCCGACGCGGCGUCGCAGUGCCUCCUGGGCCACAAGCAGUGGUACCUGCGGCGCAAGCCCGACGCCGACUGUGCCGUGGGCGACAAGUUCAACGAGGUGCCGCCGCAGAUGGAGGACUGUCCCUGCACCGACGCCGACUACGAGUGCGACUUUGGCUUCGUGGCCGCCGCCGACGGCUCGUGCAAGCCCAGCAUGCCCGAGCACAUUCCGGCCGAGGACUGCCGCGGCUCGAGCAAGACGUUCAUGGGCUCGUCGGGCUACCGCAAGAUUCCCGGCGACACGUGCAAGGGCGGCAAGGUCAAGGACGGCAAGGUGGCCAAGCCGUGCGCCGAGGGCACCAAGCCCGAGAACGGCGAGGUGCUGACGCGCCACCACGAGUUCCCCGGCAAGGUGCUCGACCGCGCCUGGUUCUCCGACUCGCCCAACCUGCUCGUGCAGGUCUCCGACGGCUCCGUGUGGCAGUCGAACAACGACGGCUACACGUGGGUCAAGCCGGAGCUCAACGUCGACCUGCGCGACCCCGACGCGCGCUUCCUCACCAUGGCGAUGCACACGUACGACAAGGCGCGCGCCUACCUCAUCACGAGCGGCCGCCGCGUGCACUACACGUUCGACAGCGGGCGCACGUGGGACUACUUCAGCGCGCCCAACGACGCCAACGGCCUCGGCAUUCCGAUCCUCGACUUCCAUCCGGAGCGCAGCGACUGGCUGAUCUGGACGGGCAGCAAGGACUGCACGGACGCGACGUCGAGCAGCUGCCACACGAGCGCCUACUACACGCUCGACCAGGGCCGCACGUGGACGCUGCUGGACGACUACGUGCGCAUCUGCUCGUGGGCGCGCGACGCCGCCUUCCACGUCGACACGUCGGCCAUCAUCUGCGAGUCGUACGCGACAAAGGAGGGCAACCAGAAGGCCUUUGGCGCCGACAAUCCGCUGCAGCUCAUCUGGGGCGCCAACUACUACUCGCGCAAGGAGACGCUCUUUCCGGCCGUGAUCGGCUUUGCGACGUUUGAGGAGUUCCUCGUCGUCGCCGAGCUCGUGCCCAAGAGCGACGCCGUCGCGCUCAAGGUGUCGCUCGACGGGCGCAUCUUUGCGCCCGCGCAGUUCCCGCCCAACACGCGCAUCGACAACUCGCGCGCCUACACGGUGCUCGACUCGGUCACCAAGGCCAUCUUCCUGCACGUCACGACGCACGCCACGCCCGGCUCGCCGUGGGGCGCCAUCUUCAAGAGCAACUCGAACGGCACGUACUUUGCCCUCUCGCUCGACCACGUGAACCGCAACGACCAGGGCUACGCCGACUUUGAGAAGAUGCUCGGCCUCGACGGCAUUGCGCUCGUCAAUGUCGUGGGCAACGCCGACGACGCGUCCGUGUCGGGCAAGAAGGAGCUGCAGACGCGCAUCACGCACAACGACGGCGGCAAGUGGAAGGAGCUCAUCCCGCCCGUGCGCGACGUCAACGGGCAGCCGUACGAGUGCAACAGCGUCGGCUGCAGCCUGCACCUGCACGGCUACUCGGAGCGCGACGACCCGCAGGCGCUGUACAGCAGCCCCACGGCCGUCGGCAUCAUGCUCGGCGUGGGCAACGUGGGCAAGUCGCUCAAGCCGUACGCCGACUGCGACACGUUCAUGACGCGCGACGGCGGCUUUUCGUGGGAGGAGGUGCACAAGGACGCGCACAAGUGGGAGUUUGGCGACCAGGGCUCCAUCAUCCUGCUCGUCAACGACGAGGCGCCCACCGACGUCGUCCUCUACUCGCUCGACGAGGGCAAGACGUGGAAGAGCCACAGCAUCGGGCAGAAGCUGCGUGUGCAGAGCAUCAUGACCGUGCCCGAGGACACGCACCGCAAGUUUGUCCUGCUCGGCACGUCGCCCGGCACGCAGGAGCGCACCCUCGCCGUGCACCUCGACUUCUCCACCCUGCAGCGGCGCAAGUGCGAGCUGGACCCGCGGCGGCCCGAGCAGGACGACUUUGAGCUGUGGAGCCCGAGCGAGGAGCGCGAGGAGCCCUGCCUCUUUGGCCGCCAGACGUACUACUACCGGCGCAAGCCGCGCGCCGACUGCUACGUCGGCCAGGUGCUCGUGCAGCCGCACGAGGUGCGCAAGAACUGCUCCUGCACGGCGGCCGACUUCGAGUGCGAGUUCAACCACUACCUCGACCCCGACGGCUCGGGGCGCUGCCUGCCGUACAGCAACACGGCGCUGCUGCCGGCGCACAUCGAGGAGCAGUGCGACGCCGACGGCGGGCAGGACUACUGGUACGAGCGCACGUCGGUGCGCAAGGUGCCGUACUCGACGUGCGACGGCGGCCCGCGCCCCGACCACGGCAAGCAGCACACGUGCCCCGCCAGCUUCCGGCGCCACGGCUUCUUCUGGUGGACCACCGUGCUGCUCUCGCCGUUUGGCCUCGCCGCGCUGGUGGGCAUCUGGUGGCAGAAGAAGCACCGCGGCGGCGCCAUCCGGCUGCCCGACGCGCGCGACUACGUCGACGGCAACGUCGUCGACACGCUCGCCUCGAUUCCCUCGUUCGUCGUGGGCGUGGCGCACAUCGUCAUCAUCAAGGUGCUCGACAUUGCCGAGGAGAUGCCGUGGGUGCGGCGGCAGCUGGGCCGCAUGCGCGGCUACGGCGGCACGCCGUACGGCCGCGGCGGCAGCUAUGGCGGCUACAGCAACCUCUCGACAGAAGAGGACGCCGCGAUUCUGGGCGGCUACGGCGACGACGACGAGGCGCGGUGAGCCCGCGCUACGCC